UCUCAAUCGUUCCGCGCCGCAAACAAAUCGCUGUGGAAACGUCACGCGGACAUGCGUUUCGAGUCUCUGUCGCAGAGAUAUCGCGCUCGUUUGUUGUGAGCGUCGUGUGUGAAUCGUUCAUUUGAAUUGGACGAAGGUAAGCAUCGCGUUACUCUCCUGAUUCAAUCCGAACGAUUUCGCAUUCGUUACAAUCCAUUACAAUUUCGCAAUCGCGCGUAAAUAUAAAUUGAACGUAGUACAAUAUCUCUCUCUCUUUCUCUCUCUCUCUGUAAUAUGGCACGUGAUAUGUACAUACGCGCGCGCGACAUACAGCACUUCUUUAUGAUAUUCUAUCUUCAUGCUCCGACAGGAUAUGGAUCCAGAAAAUGUGGGCAAGGACACUAUUCUGAAAGUGACAGAUUGGUUACGUGGAAUUUGGGAAAUGAGACGACGUGCCGGUGGACCAGUUCAACAAUGGAUUGAUUCAAUACCAUUGCCUACAAAAUCGGACAGUACAAACGAAUGUCAAGAACACAAUUCGAAUAAACCAUUAACACCAACAGAGCCUAAAAACAUUCCGUUUCCUAAAGCUUCAAAGCUUCCAAGCAUGACUAUAUCAGCGCCUAUCAAUGUUCCUACUUCAUCGACAAUGAAUACACCAAUACUUCCAAGUUCGCUUCCUCAUAGACUGGCACGAGAUGCGAGCUUUCAAUCAGACAGUAGCCACUGUAGUAGUGUUGAAAGUUUAUUAGAAUUACGAAAAGCGGAUCCGACAGCAAUUUUGCUUGAUCUUGGUUUCGGCGGUUGCUCAACCAGUCCGCGGGAGAACGAUCCAAUUUCUCGCAUUCCUAAGAGAUUCCUUCAGCCGUCAUCGUUACAAGGCAUUGCUAUAGAUGAGUUUCUUAAGCAACAACAAGAGAGUAGUGAAUCUUUUGAUUCGGUAUCUUUAGGAUACAGAGGCCUAACAGGAUCGCCAUAUGUAGCUCCAUCAGAAAUUGUGCAAAAAAUUAUGGAACGUUUGCGGGAACACGAAAGCCAUGAAAUGGAUACAAAUUCAUAUUAUUGUGAGCAGUACAAUCCUUUACAAAACCCAGGAAGACUUUCUGUGUUGUCUCCUGAUAACAGGCAGUUUUUAGAACAACCACGUUCCAAGAGUCCUGAUAUGUGCAACAAACGUAUGAUUAUAGGACAAAAAUCAUUUGCUUUUGGAUGUGAUGGAAAUUUAAUCGAAAUAUCCAAUGAUACAAAUCUUACGUCCAAUAAUACAAUAGAUAAUCGUAAUUCAUUGGAUAUUAAUGCAUCUAUAGAAUUAAAGCAAUCACCUUUAGAAGAAAGUAUAACGCUUGAACAUCGGUAUUUUUCAAACAAAGACAAGAAACUAACGAAACAAUUAUCGUUUGAUACUGUAGAUUUUCCCGAAACUGACCAAUUAUUAAAAGACAAUCGAGAGAUCGCGAAUAGUUUGAAUAUUGCUCAAAAUGGCACAAAUGUAGAUAAUAAUGAGCAAGAAUAUAAUUUAUUCAAUACAAUUUCCACAAAAGAUGAAAAACCUGAAUUUUUUGAUGUUCGAAGGGCUAGCGAUGGAUCGUGUGAUACUAAAUCAUUAAGAAGUAAAAUAUUUGACGGAAGACGAAGAUUUAGUGAUGGCGCAAUGCGCUCUAUUGAAAGUCAAAGUACGGAAUGCACAUUAAUGCAAAAGAGAAGAAGUCUCAAAAGACAGUCUAGAGUAUGUGAUACAACUGCAAAUUAUUGCGAACCUAUUAGGUCUAGCAUACCAAAUGCGAUAAUAGAAUGUAAAGUAGACAAUGAAGAGGAAAUAUCUAGUGAUGUAACUAAUAGUACACACCAACCAAAUAUGCUGAAGUCACUUGAGUCAACUGAAAGUAACAAUCUAGUACUAAAAACAGAUACAGAAUCUUUACUUAGAGAACCCAAUUAUAUGUCUUCACUAUCAAAAAUUAGCGAAACUAUUGAUAAAAUGAAAUGCUUUGAAACUAUAGAAGAAAAUUUAGCAUCAGGUGAACAUUCUUGUUUGCAAGAUAAUCAAGUUUGUUGUUGCAAAGAUAAAAUUUGUAUAGAUUGUAAGCGUAGUAAAAAUUAUCCAGAUUGUUGUCGUCAUGUCGACAAACGGAAAUAUUGGAAGAAGAUGAAAAAGAUAAUGCGAGAAAAUAAAAAAUUAGAGGAUAAAUUAGCAAAAAGUAGGAGAGAAGUGGCAGAAAUUCGUGACAUGCUAAGUAGCGUUUUAUCAGUCAGAAUGGAACCAGGAUUUUAAGUAGAUUGUUAAAAAACUUGCUAUUUUUGUGAAUAAGAAAAAUGAUUAAUUGUGUAGUUAUAUGAUCUUGUGAUAUAGUUAAAUAUGUGUGUGUGUGUGCAUCAGGGUAAAAAAUUAAUAAUACUUCAUAAACUCGAACUUUCUAUAACACUUUAUGAAUUAAUCUAUAUAUUUUCCUAUUUUAGAAAUCUCAAAUAUUUUCGAAGCUCGUGUUUUAUAAGAUAUUAAUAGAUAUUUCUAUAAUGUAUACACAUGAGAACAAUCACUUUUUUAAC